CGAAGCUAGUUGUCCGGUCCAGGCUGACUAGUUGUGACCACGUCCCUCAACUUGGAUGUAUUGCGCAUACGCUCUUUAAUCAUUCAGCUUAUUGAAUAAGAUGGACUUUGACGCAAUACUCCAAGACGUUGGCGAAUUUGGGCGCUACCAGAAACUGGUGAUCUACCUAGUGCUACUGCCGGCCGUGAUACCGUGCGGCUUCCACGCGUAUGCACAGCUCUUCAUGGCUGGUGAUGUGAAGCACUGGUGCAGGGUACCGGAACUGGAGGGUUACGAUGUGGAACUUGUGAAGAACUUGAGUAUUCCAUUAGAACUUCGGAACGGCGUUCUAGAAUAUUCACAAUGCAAUAUGUACGAUCUGAACUACACCGACAUUUUGAACCAAUACACAACACUCGAAGAGGCAGCUGUCAGCGAAGGAACUGCUGAUAUUGUACCCUGUAGAAACGGUUGGAUGUAUGAAAAUGUAGUUUAUCAAAGCACAGUUGUAACAGAAUGGAACCUGGUGUGCAACAAGAACUUUUAUCCCACACUUGGGCUGGUACUCCUUGCAGUUGGCGGUAUCAUUGGAAACUACAUAUUUGGCUAUCUUCAAGACACAAUCGGCCGAAAGCCGUCUUUCUUCAUAUAUCUUGUAAUUGAAUGUAUAUUUGGCGUGGCUACUGCGUUCGCGCAGAACUAUUAUGUUUGGAUUGUAUAUAGAUUCGGAGUGGGAUUCACUGUUCCAGCAAUAAUGGCCACUCCGUAUGUUUUGGCAAUUGAAUUAGUGGGACCAAAAUGUCGAACGCUCUGCACAAUACUCUCAAAUAUUGCUUAUUCCAUGGGUCUCAUCCUCUUGGCUGGCGUGGUCUACCUUGUGAGAAAUUGGCGACACCUGGCGCUGGCUACGACGCUGCCUUUUGUAUGCUUCUUCUUGUACAUCUGGCCGAUGCCAGAAAGUCCAAGAUGGCUACUCGCGAGAGGUCAAUUUGAAAAGGCUGAAGUUAUCUUGAAGAAAAUGGCCAGAAUUAACGGAAAAUCUCUACCAAAGAACUACAUGGUACAUCUUCGCCGUAAAUACGAAUCUGACAAACUUAAACAAGAUCUCGAAAAAGAAAAGUCUAGAAAAUAUGGCAUUCUAGACUUAUUUAGAACACCGAAUUUACGAAAGAAAACAAUUAUCAUCACAUUUAUUUGGUUCACAAACACAAGUGUGUAUGUCGGCUUGUCAUAUUACGCCCCGGUGUUGGGCGGGGAUGAAUUUUUGAACUUCUUUCUGGCGGGAAUCGUGGAGUUGCCAACCUACUUAUUUUUAUGGCCGUCUAUGGAACGUUUGGGUCGAAGAUGGACGUUGUGUAUGAGCAUGGUAGUUGGCGGCAUCGCGUGUCUGACUACGUUUUUAGUGCAGCACGAAACAAACGUUACACUUGCAUUGUAUUGCGUGGGAAAGAUGGGUAUUUCAUCGUCAUUUGUAGUGUUACCGCUGAUGGCUUCUGAACUUUACCCAACAGUAGUAAGAGGUCUAGGAAUGAGCUUAAGUUCAGUUUUGGGCAUGUUGGGACCUAUAUUCAUACCACUCGUUAACUAUUUGGGCUCUGAUAUAAUGGUUUUACCUUUGAUCAUCAUGGGAGCAUUACUGGUAGCAGGUGGAAUAGCUAGCUUACUUCUUCCAGAAACGUUGAACCAGCAUCUCCCGCAAACUUUAGAAGAUGGAGAGAAAAUGGGUCUUGACACAGAUUUCUGUUGUAAUCCACCAGUUAAGGAAGCUAAAAAUGAGGAAGAAAAUGAUGUUCCAUGCAAAAAUUGCAAUGCUCUGUGUUCAUGUCAAAUGGUUAAUAUGCCUUUAAAUGAAAAUGUAAAUAAUGAAAAAGAUUUAGAUGCUGUAGAGUUCAUUUUAGUCAAGUGAAGAAAGUAAAAUUAA